GCAGGUGGGCAGACUGUCAGAUGGAGCAGUGUGGCACAAUUGAACGCGCACUUACAUUUUAAUGGCUUCUCUCUGAUCAUCUUUCUAUCACCGAGGUUUGAGGUUGGAUAUCAUCUGUUGCUUUUUAUUUUAAUUUUACAUAUCUUUUAUUGUCUACUGAUAACUCUGAUUAGCAGAGUCUUUGCUCAGAAAUGGAGGAGCCCGAUAUACGACAACAGAAGCUGGACAACCAGCGAACCCUUUUGAUCAAAAAGCAGCAAAAGAAGAGGGCUGAUUCUCAAAUGGUGACCGCCAAUUGGGAUACUCGUCAAAAGAACAGGAAGCACAAAGCUGCCCGGUCGGAUGAAACUCCUCUGUUGAUCAGCCAGUCCCUGAGUAGCACUUCCCUGAGUGAUCAAGUUGAGCACGCACAUGAUAACCCACUGGAUGAGAUCACAUUGGGUGAAUGCAAUAUGACAGCAAGUGAGACGUUAGAGGAAAGGCCUUCAGAGGAGCCGGCUACUCCCAAAAAAGAUUUGAACUUGGAAGUCGACAACGAGCCUGAGGUGAAGUGUGACGUGAAUAAUGAUUCCCCGUCGGAGGGAAAAAAGACAAAGAAGAAAGAUGUGAAAAAGGAUAAAGAGGUGGAUCAGAACAAGGAAAAGGACAAAGACACGGAGAAAAAGGAGAAAAAAACUAAGACGAAGGACAAAGUAAAAGAAUCUGAAGACACACAGAAGACAAACAAGACAACCAAACAAUCAAAAAAGAUGCAUUUACAGGAGGCCGCAACUCAGGAGACCGAGUCAGUGAUGGACGUGGCAAGUCCAAAGAAGAAUAAAUGCGAUGAAAGUAAGAAUGAAGAGGAGGACAGGUCCCAGAGGCCUGUCCCUCAGUCACCUAAGAGGAAAAAACAACUCGACACAUCCAGGUGCCAAAUAAGUGAGGAGGGCAAAGACGAGGAAGUCCGGGAAAAGGAGAAAAAGAGAAAAAAGAGAAAAGAAGCAGAGAAGACUACGCCUAGUCUAGCUUCGCUUAAUUCCAACUACAGGGAGAGUUCAUCUUCAGACAGUGAAUCCAAUGAAAGACCAACUUCCCCAAUGUCAGUGGAGGACCUCGAGAAGUUCGCGUUGCGUCCCGCUCCCAGAGAUGUAACGAUCCAGUGCAGGGUCACCAGGGACAGGAGAGGUAUGGAGAAGGGCAUUUACCCGACUUACUACCUCCACAUGGAGAAGGAAGACGGACAGAGGGUGUUUCUAAUGGCAGGCAGAAAAAGAAAGAAGUGUAAAACAUCCAACUACCUCAUCUCCACUGACCCGACAAAUCUAUCCAGAGACACAAACUGCUACAUAGGAAAACUAAGGUCCAAUGUUCUUGGCACAAAGUUUACAGUCUAUGAUGGAGGAGAAAACCCAGAGAAAAAGCCCUUCAUCAAAGAGAGUGAAUCAGUACGGCAAGAGCUUGCAGCCAUUUGCUACGAGACGAAUGUGCUGGGUUUCAAGGGUCCAAGGAAAAUGACAGUGAUCAUCCCCGGGAUGCUGGAGAAUGAUGAAAGAGUUUCCAUCUGCCCAAAAAAUGAUCUUGAAACUCUUCUGGUGCGCAAUGCAAAUGGCAACAAAGACAAAUUGGUCACGCUGGUGAACAAGUCCCCGAGCUGGAAGGAAGAGACUCAGUCUUACGUGCUCAACUUCCACGGGCGUGUCACCCAGGCCUCAGUCAAAAACUUCCAGAUCAUCCACCCUGACAACGAGGAUUACAUAGUGAUGCAGUUUGGCCGUGUAGCAGAAGACGUCUUCUCCAUGGAUUACAGUUUCCCAAUGUCUGCCCUGCAAGCUUUUGCCAUCACCCUGUCAUCCUUCGAUGGCAAACUGGCCUGUGAGUGACCGUGCCGGUGUGCCUCAAGUGCUUAACUAGAUCUCUAAUCUAGACUUAGAGGUCAAAUUAAAACAAUGUACCCAUAAUGUUUUGUAUCCUGGUGCAUUAUGACCACUUGUAUAAAAUUCCACAGACUUAGAUUUCAGCGGAGACCAUUAUUAUUUUGCCACUUAGUCUUUUUUUUAAAUUGUGUAAAGGACUCAUGCAAUAAAAUACUGAGAAGAAAACUGUGUAAACACUACCAGUGAA